AUGGCUAGACGAUCUCAAGCUGGAGCUGGAGCUGAAGCUGCAGCCGGGGCCACAGCGCCUAAGCGGCGGGCCUCAGCACGGCUCUCCGCCUCACAGGGCGAGAUCAAAAGAGUGAAAUCCAACAACGCAUUAUCUGUGAAAUCGACCAGCAAGAAAAGCAAGUAUUUCGAGCCCACGAGUUCCGACGAGGAAGAAGGUGACGAAGAAGACGAGUCCGAUUCAGGCUCAGCGUACGAGGAGAAAGAGGAAGUUGAAUCGGAAGGCUCCCCAGACCCGGAGAGCGGGCUAGAAGAACUUGAAGACUCCGGCGUUGAAAGCGACGAAGCGCAGACGUCUUCGAAGUCAAAAUCGGGAAAAACCAAACAGGUCAAAUCGCGAGGAAGCGCGGGGUCAUCAUCUAUCGACACCAAGGCGCUGAAAGAUAAGGAGUUAUGGCGUGAAGGAGUCCGUACAGGCCUAGGACCUGGGAAGGAGGUAUUCGUCCCCAAACCCAAGGCGCGGGAAGCCGGGAACGUCCCUUAUCAAGAUGAGAAGCUGCAUCCCAACACGAAGCUGUUUCUCCUGGAUCUGAAGGAGAAUAAUGACCGGCAGUGGUUGAAAGCGCAUGACCCGGACUUCCGCGCGGCAAAGAAGGACUUUGAGACGUUUGUUGAGACGUUGAGUGAGAAGAUCUCCGAAGCGGAUGGGACUAUUCCUGAGCUUCCAACGAAAGACCUGAUUCAUUUCUCUGCUGCAUGGUCCCGCACUGGCAAGAAGGGUCCAUAUGCAGCGUACUAUGUCCACUUCCAGCCUGGCUCGAGUUUUGUCGGUUGUGGUCUUUGGAACCCCGAGUCCGAUGCACUUGCAUCUCUGCGAGAGGACAUCGACGAGAACGCGCACCAGUGGAAGGAGGUACUUCGAGCGCCGGAGAUGCGCCGCGAAUUCAUGAACGACGUUCGCGAUGAUGAGGAUGCUGUCGUGAAAGCAUUCUGCCAGCAUAACAAGGAAUCUGCCCUCAAGACUAAACCCAAGGGCUACGACGCAGACAACAAGAACAUCGAAUUACUCCGAUUACGCAGCUUCACGAUCGGACGCUCCAUCCCAGACGCUCACUUCAUGGCAGCGGAUGCACAGGAACGGAUCGUCACCCUGAUCGGGAUCAUGGAGCCAUUGGUGACGUAUCUCAACAGUGUUGUGAUGCCCGAUCAAUAA